AUGUUUAUUUAUAUUUUAUUAACAAUAACUCUUGCAGCACUUCCAAAUGCAAACUUAUCUAUUGGUCCAUUACUAUAAUCAUUUACAGAUGAUGAAGAUUUAGACCAAAUUGUUUAUGUUCAUUAGAAAGUAUAUGAAAAUUUUGAUUAUGCAUCAUUCCCAUCCUUAUCUUGUUGUCCAAAUAACGUUACGAAAUUUCGAGUGAUGAAUUUAAACAAGCAAGGAUCAAAUAUUUAACGAUUUAAUCUUCCUUUUUAUAUUGAGAAUCUUGGAGAAGAACCUUUACUUAUUGAAUGGUUAAAUAUCACAGAGGAAAUUUCAGAUUAGGAUAUAUAAGUUCAAAUUAAUUAUCAAAGAGAUUUACCAAUUAUCAAAGGCUUUGAUAAUUAUCUUGGAUUAAACUUAACACAUUUAUGUUGGAAAACUCUAAAUAAUGAUAGAUAUUGGAGCAUGAAACGAGUUACUUUAUAAUUUGAAGGAUAUGAUCCUGUGAUAUUUAAUUAUUAAUUUUUAUGCGGCAAAGAUUAUUAUCCUGUAAGGUACUUAGUUUAUUUAAUUAGAUUCGAUUGGAGCAAUAUUAUAUUGAUUAUAUUUGAAAGUUUGAUGAUAUUAGUUCUUUCAAUGUUUGGAAAGAUAUAUGCAAUUAAGGUUGUUUUCAUAACAAAACAGUUAAAAAAGGAAUUACCUUAAGAGAAAUUAGAUAAGAUUGCUUAAGAGAGUUCUCCAUUUCAAGGAUUUUUAUUGGGAUGGUCUUAAGCAUUAUUUUAUAUGAGUCUUUUAAUAGGAGCUUUGUUCAUCUCUUUGUAUUCAUAAGAAAAAGCUGAGAAACCAAUAUAAAUUAUAGUGUAUAUCCUUUGUAUAAUUUGUUCAAUCCAUUUUAUAGAUGAAUUAUUUUGUGCAUUUAGAAAAAAAGUUCCAUUUUUUGUUAAAUCUUUUUAUUUUAUUAGAUAUUGUGAUAUUUUUGCAAUAAUUUUGGGUGCUGCUUUAUUUGCAAUAUAUUUAGCAACAGAAUAAAUUUGGAUUGUAAAUAAAUUAUAUAAUGUAGUUAAGCAAUUUAAUAUCAAUUUGUAUUCUUGGCUCCUUAAUCAAAUUAUUUAAAAUCACUUCUCUUAAAGAUUGCUUAUUGUUUUUUUUACCUAUAAUGGCAAUGGAUAUAUUUUGUUCAAUUUAUUUGGCAUUAAAUAUAAGAUAUGAAUGGGAUAGUUUAAUACUAAGAUAUUUUAAUACUCCAUUAUCUGCAUAAAUUCCAUAUUUUAGACAUAUAUACAAAAAGAAAUGUGCAUGGGUUUCAAUAUUCAAUAUCUUAUUUCCAGGUUAUAGUUAAGUUUAUAUUUUAGGUUUCUUCCUAGCAUAUGUUCAUAGAUUUGAUAGAUUAAAAAAAACAUUUGUAUAUGAAAUAGUUAGUUUUUUUGGAUUAUUAAUAGGAUUGAUUCUUUGGGUUAUUGUGUAAUAUUUAAUAUCAUUUCCAUUACCAACGUAAUUUAUAUAAAUAUAAUAAAUAGUUCAAUAUUUACAGAAGUCUUAAUGGUUUCAGCUUGUACUCUAAUUGCAUUUAGAAGAAAUGAAUUAAAUCUUUUUUGGAGUGGUAAUUUUUAUGAUGAAAUAUUACUUGAUCCAUUUAAAAAUGAAUUGGAUAAAAAAUCAGUUAAAUUAAUCAGUUUUUUUAAUAUUGGAGUUUCUUAAGAUUUGAAAAAAAAGUAUGCAUUAAAUUCUGGAGCAGAAUAAACAGCCAAUGUUUAUGAACCUUUUGAAUUAGUUAAGGCAAAUUAGUCAGGUGAAUUGAAAUUAGACUCAAUUUUAUUUGAAGGAUUGUAAUCAUUUUAAGAGAUUUAUUCAUCACCAAAUUAAACAUAUAGAAAUAAUGAUUAGAAUAUAAAUAAUAAAUAAGAUAAUAAUAUAAUUGAGAAUAAAAAAUAAUAAUAAGAAAUAUAAACUGAUAUUAAAGAUUAAAAAGAUGUUGUUUAAGUAGACUCUUUAAUUUAGAAUAGUCAAGAAUAUCAUAAUUAAGAAAAUCAACCACUUAUCAAUAAUCAAAAUAAAGAAGAUAUUAAUAUUAAAACAGAAAAUCAAUAAUAAUUAAAAGAUUAUCAAAAUCAAAAAGAUUAAAAUGAAGAUAAUGUUGAAUCUAAAACACCUCCUGAUGUUCAAAAGUAAAAAUCUUUAGGAAAACCUAAGAUUUCUUUUCUUGAAAGUAAAAAACUCGAAGAGGUAAUUAUAGAAACACCAAUUAUUUAAUCUAAGAAUAAUGAAGAGGAUAAGAAAUAAUAAAAAAUAGAUAUCUAAAUCGAACUUAAAGAAUAAUAAAAAGUAUCAUAGGGAAAUCAAAAUAAAUAAAGUAAUCAAUAAAAUAAAAUUGAUUAAGUUGAAGAAAAAUAAAAUCAAUAAUAAAAUAAUAAAGUUUACACUUCACCUGCUAGAUAAAAGUAUUAAGUUAAUCCUCCUAAAGCUAAAGAACCUUAAGUUGAUCGCUUUCAAUAAAAGUAAUAACUAAGAUAAUAGAAUGACAAUUUUAAAAAAAACUUACAGUUCUUCCAAAAUCAAGAAAAAGUAGGAAAUUUUAAGACCCCUGUUAAAAAAUGA